UAUUACAUGACAAUAUUUUACAUUGAUAUUCAUGAAUUAACAUAUGAUAACAGUUCCAGCAUCCCUUUCUGCAAAUCAACCACCAACAAAAUGAUGACUGGAGGCUUAAGUGAAACCAAAUCUGCAAAUCCAGAAAUCCAGAAGAUAGUUGAUGAGGUAAAGCCACAGUUUGAAGAAAAGAGCAAUGAAAAAUAUGACCACUUUGAGGCUGUAGAGUACAAAACCCAAGUGGUUGCUGGGACCAUUUAUUAUGUUAAGGUAAAUACUGGGGGUGAUCAAUAUGCACAUUUGAAAAUACUCAAACCUCUCCCUCAGACAAAUGAGCCCGUGAAGCUGUUGGACUACCAGACUGGCAAAACCAAGGAUGAUGAAGUGAACUAUUUUUAG